AUGGGCGCUUCAUUCAGCAAACUCACCUCUAAAUCCAAACCCUCGAAAACAACCGCGCCUGAAAAGAUGGGCUCCACACCAGCUUUCAAGCACUUCUCCAAAGUCCAGUCCGAGUUCAAGCCUCCGUUGAUUGCCAAUGAGAACGCCUUCCUCGGCGACGUCGCCAGCAGUGAAUCCAACGACCCAGAGAAGCCCAUCAGCUGUGGCAUCUACAGACUUGAGAAAGGCACUCCCCUCGUUUACACCUACACCUACCACGAGAUGAAGAUUAUUCUGGAGGGUGAAUUUGACAUCAGCGACGAGACUGGCCAAUCCGUUCAUGCUGUUGCUGGCGACGUUUUCUACUUCCCCAAGGGCAGUGUCAUCACCUUCAAGACCAACACUUACGGUUUGGCCUUCUACACCGGCCAGCGCAAGGAGGGUGCUGCUUAA